GUGCGUGCCUAUGGUCCAGGUCUUCAGGGAGGCAUUGUGGGUAAACCCGCCCCCUUUGCCAUUGACACAAAGGGAGCGGGCACCGGUGGUUUGGGCCUGACGGUGGAGGGGCCAUGUGAAGCAAAGAUCGAAUGUCAGGAUAAUGGUGAUGGCUCCUGCUCGGUCUCCUACCUGCCCACCGAGCCCGGUGAGUACGCCAUAAACAUCCUGUUCGCUGACCAGCACAUCCCCGGCUCCCCCUUCAAGGCCAUGGUCCAGUCCGCGUUCGACCCCAGCAAGGUGACGGCGAGCGGCCCCGGCCUGGAGCGAGGCAAAGUCAACGAGGAUGGAUCGUUCACGGUGGACUGCUCCAAAGCCGGAGAGGCGAAGCUCACCAUUGAGAUUAUCUCAGACUCUGGAGCCAAAGCUGAAGUUCACGUCCAGAACAACAGCGACGGGACGUACUCCAUCACCUACAUCCCACAGUUCCAGGGCAUGUACACCAUCACCAUCAAAUAUGGAGGACACGCCGUGCCCAAGUUCCCUGUCCGCCUGCAGGUGGAACCGGCUGUCGACACCAGCGGAGUCAAGGUCUACGGACCUGGAGUCGAACCCAGAGGCGUCCUGAGGGAAGUGACCACACAUUUCAUCGUCGAUGCUCGGUCUCUCUACAAAAGCGGCAGCCAAAUCAAAACCUGCAUUUCCAACCCGUUAGGCGGCAACACAGAUGCCUACAUCACAGACAAGGGCGACGGGACGUACAGGGUGGAGUACACGCCCUAUGAGGACGGUUUACAUCUGAUUGAGGUUCUGUUUGACGACGUCUCUCUGCCGAAGAGUCCGUUCAGAGUGACGGUGACGGAGGGUUGUGAUCCCAGUCGAGUGCGAGCAUACGGUCCAGGUCUGGAGGAAGGACUGGUCAACAAACCGAACCGUUUCACUGUAGAGACCAGGGGAGCCGGCACCGGGGGUCUGGGUUUGGCCAUUGAAGGACCGUCUGAGGCAAAGAUGUCGUGUAAAGACAACAAAGACGGCAGCUGCAGCGUGGAGUACAUCCCCUUCACUCCAGGAGAGUAUGACGUCAACAUCACGUUCGGGGGUCUCCCUAUCCCAGGAAGUCCUUUCAGGGUCCCGGUGCGAGAGCUGGUGGAUCCCAGUAAGGUGAGAUGUUCAGGUCCUGGACUGGGAAGUGGAGUCAGAGCUCACGUCCCUCAGACGUUCUCUGUCGACAGCAGCAAGGCUGGCAUUGCUCCGCUGGAGGUUCAGCUCUACGGUCCGACAGGUGUGACCGAACCCAUCAGCAUCAGCGACAACGGUGAUGGAACUCACACGGUGAACUACACUCCUGCCAACGAUGGCCCGUACACGGUGUGUGUAAAGUACGCUGACCAGGAGGUUCCUCGCAGUCCAUUCAAGAUCAAGACUUUACCGGCUCACGAUGCCAGUAAAGUUCGAGCCAGCGGUCCCGGCCUGGACGCAUCCGGGGUCCCAGCAAGUCUGCCGGUGGAGUUCACCAUCGAUGCUCGGGACGCUGGAGAGGGACUGCUCACCGUCCAGAUCCUGGGUCCGGAUGGAAGCAGGCGAGAGGCCUCUGUGUUUGUGGAGGACUGGGCCCGGAGGGUGUGGGAGACUCAUAUAGUAAAGAAAACCAUCCCCUUCAGUAUUCUGAGGAGAGGCUGU